AUGGCUUCUUCUUUCACUUCGUUCUUCGAUUCAACAAACCGAUGGAAUUUUGAUACUCUCAAGAACUUCGGUCAAAUUUCUCCCGUUGUCAGGAAUCAUCUCAAACAGGUUUACUUGACCUUGUGUUUUGCGGUUGCUGCGGCUGCUGUUGGAGCUUACCUUCAUGUCCUUUUUCACCUUGGCGGGAUUCUCACCACAAUUGCGUGUGUGGGAACCAGUGUUUGGUUACUUUCAACGCCUCCUUAUGAAGAGAGAAAGAGGUUGAGUUUGUUGAUGGCCGCGGCAAUGUUUCAGGGUGCCUCUAUUGGACCCUUGAUUGAUUUGGCUAUUCAAGUUGAUCCAAGCCUUAUCUUCAGUUCAUUUGUGGCAACUGCCUUGGCUUUUGGUUGUUUCUCUGGAGCAGCUUUGGUUGCUAAGCGUAGGGAGUAUUUGUAUCUUGGUGGCUUGGUUUCUUCUGGGUUGUCCAUUCUUCUCUGGUUGCACUUCGCAUCUUCCAUCUUUGGGGGUUCUAUGGCUCUCUUUAAAUUUGAGUUGUAUUUUGGGCUUCUGGUGUUUGUGGGUUACAUUGUAGUAGACACACAAGAAAUAGUUGAGAAGGCACACUUUGGUGAUCUGGAUUAUGUGAAGCAUGCUCUGACUUUGUUUACUGAUUUGGCUGCAAUCUUUAUCCGAAUUCUAGUCAUCAUGUUGAAGAAUUCAGGAGAGAGGACUGAGAAAAAGAAGAAGAGAAGAGAUUAA